GUUCUAUAACCUUCAUCAAAACAGUAACCAGUAAACCACACAGUGUUCAAUGCAGUUUUGAAGUUUUUGAAUUUGAUUCUUAUGAUGAUAGAAGAAAAGGUGGGAACUCUUGAAGAAGAAGGGCUCAAGAGAAAAGAACGUCUCAAAGCCCUAAAAAGGAAGCAGGACGAGAACGAUGCUCAAUCAAAAAAAGCUAAAAACAACAAUGCAAACGCUAUUCCAAAGCCAGUAUUUAGGAGUUACUUACCCAAAGAUGAAAAGCUGAAAGAAACCACAUUGCCUCCAGCAAAGCCAGGAGAUGUCAAAUCGGAAAUCAAAGAUCAGCUCGAGUCUGCUAAGACGCGAGUCGUUAUCGAAGAACUUGACUUGGCGAAUCUAGCACCACGAAAGCCUGAUUGGGAUUUGAAGAGAGACGUCGCCAAAAAGCUGGACAAAUUGGAAAAAAGGACACAAAAAGCCAUCGCCGAGUUGAUCCGUGAUAGGCUUAAAAAUGAACAAACUGACCUUGCGACGCAAGUAGCCAUCGGUGCCAGUGCGAUUUAAAAGUGCUGAUUUACUUGUCAAUUUGUAUCAAAAUGUUAAUAUUUUACAUUGAGUUUGUUAAACUACUAAUUUUGUUGGGGUUUUUAA